CUUUUUCUGUCCCAACUUCAACGCUGCCUCAAUCCCUCCAAAGAGAUUGGCCACAGCAAAGAUGUCUCGUAAGCAAGUUGAUCCGCGCAUCGGCGCCCUCAUCCGCAAUGGCCUCCAAGAGAAGAAGCGAAGCUUCUUUGUGGUGGUAGGCGACCAUUCUAAAGAAGUCAUUGUGCACUUGCAUUAUAUCAUGUCUCGCGUGGACAUUAAACAAAACAAAUCUGUCCUCUGGGCUUAUAAGAACAAGCUACUAAACUUCACCAGUCACCGAAAGAAGCGUGAAACAAAAAUUAAGAAAGAAAUUAAACGAGGCACUCGCGAAGCCAACUCCGAAGAUCCAUUCGAGCUGUUCAUCUCCCUCCACAACAUUCGAUACACCUACUACAAGGAGACGGACAAGAUUCUGGGUAACACAUACGGCAUGUGUAUUCUCCAAGAUUUCGAGGCCUUGACACCCAAUAUCCUUGCUAGAACGAUAGAAACAGUUGAAGGUGGUGGCUUAGUUGUUAUGCUUCUGAAGGGCAUGAGCAGUCUUCGCCAAUUGUACAACCUGUCUAUGGAUGUCCACAGCCGCUACAGAACAGAAGCCCAUCAGGAUGUGGUGGCUAGAUUCAAUGAGCGUUUCCUGCUCUCCCUUGGAGGAUGCGACUCUUGCUUGGUCAUUGACGACGAAUUGAAUGUCUUGCCCAUCUCAGGCGGCAAGGAUGUGAAGUCUUUGCCUCCUCCGGAUCUUGAUCAGCCCAAGACGGAACAGCAGCUCGAGCUGGAUGCCAUCAAGGAACAGAAUGAAGAUAGACAGCCUGUCGGAUCUCUCAUUUCACUCGCCAAGACUGUGGACCAGGCAAAUGCCCUGCUCACUUUCACUGAAGCCAUUGCCGAAAAGACUCUCCGAAGCACUGUCACGCUGACUGCUGCCAGAGGUCGUGGCAAGUCUGCUGCAUUGGGUGUCGCCAUUGCCGCUGCCGUUGCAUACGGAUACAGCAACAUUUUCAUCACUUCUCCUUCUCCAGAAAACUUGAAGACUCUCUUCGAAUUUGUCUUCAAGGGUUUCGACGCUCUUGGUUACGCCGACCAUGCCGAUUACUCCAUUAUCCAAAGUACAAACCCGGAUUUCAACAAGGCAAUUGUCCGUGUCAAUGUCCACCGCCAACAUCGCCAGACUAUCCAGUACAUCCGCCCCCAGGAUGCCCACGUCCUCGGUCAGGCUGAGCUGGUUGUUAUUGAUGAAGCUGCCGCUAUUCCUCUGCCCCUGGUUCGCAAGCUUAUGGGCCCAUAUCUCGUGUUUAUGGCAUCGACUAUUAACGGCUACGAAGGAACUGGCCGCUCUCUCUCGCUCAAGCUAAUCAAACAGCUCCGCGAACAGUCCCGAACUGCCUCCGCAACGGGUGUUGAUACUGAAGUUGCCGAUCGCUCCACCGGCAAAACUUCCAAGACUGACGAUUAUCAGCCCGGCAGAAAGCUUCGCGAAAUCACACUCUCUGAGCCCAUCAGAUAUGCUCAAGGUGAUGCCGUGGAAAAGUGGCUCAACAAGCUGCUUUGCCUUGAUGCUGUACUUCCCAGAGCCAGAGCCAACAGCAGCGGAUGUCCCGACCCUAACCAGUGUGAACUUUGGUCGAUUAACCGUGACACCCUGUUCUCUUUCCACCACGUGUCCGAGGCAUUCCUGCAGCAAAUGGUCGCCCUCUAUGUUGCCAGCCACUACAAGAACUCGCCAGAUGACUUGCAGCUGAUGAGUGAUGCACCUGCUCAUGAGCUCUAUGUCUUGACUGCUCCCAAGUCUGACCAGAGUGGUAAGCUCCCAGAGCCUCUCUGUGUCAUUCAAGUUGCAUUGGAAGGUCAAAUUAGCCGCGAGAGCGUUCUGAACAGCUUGAGCCGUGGCCAGAGACCUCACGGUGACUUGAUCCCGUGGCUCGUCAGUCAACAGUUCCAAGACGAGAACUUUGCUUCGCUUUCUGGAGCAAGAGUGGUUCGCAUUGCCACCAACCCUGAAUAUGUCGGUAUGGGUUACGGAUCCAAGGCGCUUGAGAUGCUCGUCGACUACUACGAAGGCAAAUUUUCUAGUCUCUCAGAAGACGAGGAAAUGCCAUUGGCUGACAAGUUUGACCGACGCGCCGACUCUGAUCAGGCAAAGAACUCUCUCCUCAAUGACAAGAUUGUCGUACGUGAUGCUAGCAAGAUGCCUCCACUGUUUACCAGCAUCUCACAAAAGCGUCCGGUUAAGCUUGACUAUGUCGGCGUCAGCUACGGAUUGACUCCAGAGCUUCACAAGUUCUGGAAGCGAUCAUCAUUUGCGCCCGUAUACCUUCGUCAGACCGCCAAUGACCUAACUGGUGAACACACUUGCGUGAUGAUUCGACCUCUCGAAAACAGUGGCGAUACUACAUGGCUAGGCGCCUUUUCUCGCGAUUUCCACAAGAGAUUCAUGGCCCUUCUGUCGUAUCAGUUCCGCAACUUCCCUGCCAUUACUGCUAUGAGCCUGGACCAAUCUGCUGGCGCGGGAGCCAAGCUUGAUGACGUCGCAGUUGAGCCUCUCACCAAGGAGGAACUUGACAAGGCGAUGUCACCAUUUGAUCUGAAGCGCCUGGAGUCCUAUGCAAACAACAUGCUCGAUUACCACGUCAUUCUGGAUCUUAUCCCCACCAUUGCUGGUCUUUACUUCAAUGGCAAACUCAGAAACAGCAUACAGUUGACUACCCAUCAGCAGUGUGUGCUGCUUGCCAUUGGUCUACAGCGCAAGGACUUUGAUACCUUGGCUCAGGAACAAGGCGUGACAUCGUCUCAGCUUAUGGCCCUGUUCAUCAAGAUCCUGCGCAAGGUUGCCACUCACUUUGGUACUCUGGUCACCGCUGCCGCCGAUGCAGAGCUACCCAAGUCGGAACGCAUCGGUGUCAGCCGUGCCGACGCCAGCGGUGCGCACGAUGAUGAGAUUGUCGACGACCGUUACGUUCCUCUGACUACAACCCUGGAGGAUGAACUUGAAGAGGGUGGCGACGAGGCGAUGGAGGAGAUUCGCAAGAAGCAACGCGAGCUUAUCGAUUCUCUUCCUCUGGAUCAGUACGCCAUCGAUGGUGAUGAGCCUGCUUGGGAGGAGGCAGAGAAGCAAGUCAAGGAUGGCAAGGGUGGCGUUGUCAGCGUCAAGUCAGGCAAGCAAAAGAGAAAGGUUGGCCAAACGGCCGCCGAGGUGUACGAGGAGGCAUUCGGUGAGAAGAAGGCCAAGAAGGCUAAGAAGGGCAAAAAGUCUGCUUAGAGGAUGUUGUCGAUACGUCCUCAUGAUUGUUACUUUUAGGCGUUUGCGUUUCGUUCUCUUUUCCGCGGGGUGGAUGUUGAACUUGGGUGUUUGGAUAUGCAUAUAUUGACCAUCAGCUGAUAGAAUAAAGUGCAAGACCUGCACGUAGUGUAUAUAAAUAUCAACGUUGAAUGUAUCUUCUUUAUUCAUACAGGUUUGUAUGCUUCACUUUUGUUACCUUAAAGGGAAUGGUCAUUGAUGUAAUGCUACAAUACAACGACUCGGUAGUUCACCAGAGGUUCUACCCGCUAUAGCCCAGAG